CAGCCGGGCUGCCCCGCAGAUGAAAGGACAGAGGCCUCUCGGUGCGCACCGCCGCGCUCAAGCUCAUUUGCAUAUAGACGGGCGCGGCGCCGCGACAGGAGGGAGCGCGGACGCGGCCCCGGGCCGUGGCGCGCGCGCGCCCUGACAGCUCGGCCCUGCUCGCUCACUCGCUCGUUCCCGGCUUCCGAGCACAGCAUGGCGGUCAAGGUCCAUACAACCAAGCGAGGUGAUCCUCAUGAGCUGAAAAACAUAUUCCUACAGUAUGCCAGUACUGAGGUGGAUGGAGAACAUUACAUGACCCCAGAAGACUUCGUUCAGCGCUAUCUAGGCCUGUACAAUGAUCCAAACAGCAACCCAAAGAUUGUGCAGCUCUUGGCAGGAGUAGCUGAUCAAACCAAGGAUGGGUUGAUCUCCUAUCAAGAGUUUUUGGCAUUUGAAUCUGUUUUAUGUGCUCCAGAUUCCAUGUUCAUAGUGGCUUUCCAGUUGUUUGACAAGAGUGGAAAUGGAGAGGUGACAUUUGAAAAUGUCAAGGAGAUUUUUGGACAGACUAUUAUCCAUCAUCACAUCCCUUUUAACUGGGACUGCGAGUUCAUCCGACUGCACUUUGGGCAUAAUCGCAAGAAGCACCUGAACUAUGUGGAAUUCACUCAGUUUCUGCAGGAAUUGCAGUUGGAACAUGCAAGGCAAGCCUUUGCACUCAAAGACAAAAACAAAAGUGGCAUGAUCUCAGGUCUGGAUUUCAGUGAUGUUAUGGUCACCAUUCGGUCCCACAUGCUCACUCCUUUUGUGGAGGAGAACUUAGUCUCAGCUGCUGGAGGAAGUACCUCACACCAAGUUAGCUUCUCCUACUUCAACGCAUUUAACUCCUUACUCAACAACAUGGAGCUUGUUCGAAAGAUCUAUAGCACUUUAGCAGGCACGAGGAAAGAUAUUGAAGUCACAAAGGAGGAAUUUGCCCAGAGUGCCAUACGCUAUGGACAAGUUACCCCACUAGAAAUUGAUAUCCUGUACCAGCUUGCAGACCUGUAUAAUGCAUCAGGGCGCUUGACUCUGGCAGACAUCGAGAGAAUAGCUCCACUGGCUGAGGGAGCCUUGCCUUACAACCUGGCAGAGCUUCAGAGACAGCAAUCUCCUGGCUUGGGCAGGCCUAUCUGGCUCCAGAUUGCCGAGUCUGCCUACAGGUUCACUCUGGGCUCAGUUGCUGGAGCUGUGGGGGCCACUGCAGUGUAUCCCAUAGAUCUGGUGAAGACCCGGAUGCAAAACCAGCGUGGCACCGGCUCUGUGGUCGGGGAGCUGAUGUACAAAAACAGCUUCGACUGUUUUAAGAAAGUGUUGCGCUAUGAGGGCUUCUUUGGACUCUACCGAGGUCUGAUACCCCAGCUGAUAGGAGUUGCACCAGAAAAAGCCAUUAAGCUGACAGUUAAUGAUUUUGUCCGGGACAAAUUUACCAAAAGAGAUGGCUCCAUCCCACUGCCUGCAGAAAUCCUCGCUGGAGGCUGUGCUGGAGGCUCCCAGGUCAUUUUCACCAACCCUCUGGAGAUUGUGAAGAUUCGCCUGCAGGUGGCCGGAGAAAUCACCACGGGGCCCAGAGUCAGCGCUCUGAAUGUGCUUCAGGACCUGGGACUUUUUGGGCUAUACAAGGGUGCCAAAGCGUGUUUCCUCCGAGACAUUCCCUUCUCCGCAAUCUAUUUCCCUGUGUACGCUCACUGCAAACUCCUUCUGGCUGAUGAGAACGGACGUGUGGGAGGCAUCAAUCUCCUGGCGGCUGGAGCCAUAGCAGGUGUGCCUGCUGCUUCUCUGGUGACCCCUGCUGAUGUUAUCAAGACUAGACUGCAAGUGGCCGCCAGGGCUGGCCAGACAACAUACAGCGGGGUCAUCGACUGUUUCCGAAAGAUUCUUCGGGAAGAAGGGCCAUCAGCAUUCUGGAAAGGGACUGCAGCUCGAGUGUUCCGGUCCUCCCCUCAGUUUGGUGUCACUCUGGUCACCUACGAGCUUCUGCAACGGUGGUUUUACAUUGAUUUCGGAGGCCUCAAACCUUCGGGCUCAGACCCAACACCGAAGUCACGCAUUGCAGACCUCCCUCCUGCCAACCCCGAUCACAUUGGUGGCUACAGACUUGCCACAGCCACUUUCGCUGGCAUCGAAAACAAGUUCGGCCUUUACCUCCCCAAGUUUAAGUCUCCUAGUGUAGCUGUGGCUCAACCCAAGGGGGCGGCGGCGGCGGCAGCUCAAUGACACAGCAACUGCAGACCGAGGCCCAGGAGAACGGCCCUACCGUGUCCAGUCAGCUGCACGGUACUGUCUGCACUGGGGUCAACCACUUUCUAUGCGACCUCUACAUGUAUUGUUUAUAAAGUGAUCAUACGCCCAGGGAGAACCACAGAGCAGUUUCAAGCUUUAGUCUUUAUUUGUUGAAAUGUUUUCUGAGCCUUGGCAUGAAUUACGUGUUCUAGACUCUUGCUUCGCACAGCUUGUACCUACAGUGACUGUACAUAUUGUACAUCUUUGUACAGAGACACCUUGGCACCUCAUCCCAACAAAUCACAUUUAUAGAAAUGUAUCGCAGUUCUGAGUGGCUUGAACUGUACAGAAUGUUUUGAAAGUGUUUUAUUAAGAAUCAUGUAAGAAUAAAUGUACUAAAGUUAAAUUCAUUCUCUUGGUGACUUAUGGAAGCCAAGCUUCAGUGCUGACUUCAGUAUCCGACUUCAGUUUGUGUUCCAUUCUGGAACAGGAAGGUGCUGGCUGAUAAAAGGCAGAGCCAGAUGAUGCUCACGGCAUUGAGUAGGAAAUGCCUUGGAAAGGUGUAUGCCCGUGGAUGCCAGAGGAGCAGCCGGUGACUUGUGUGUGCCGAUGUGUUUCCAGUUGUUUGUAGCAUUAUGCAAUCUUCCUGUCAACUGGAAGCAGCUGCUCAUGUCCUCACACACGGAGACAGGGUGGGCUCCAGGAUGGCUCCCUUAGCUUUGCUUUCCUCCCAUGCAGCAAGGUAAAGGCCAAGAUGUUGAAAGAAUAAAGUUUGGACGUUUCCCUCCAUAUGGUAUGAUAUGAAUCAAAAAUAAACGCACACCAAAAUG